AAACCGCCUUACACGCUUUUACAGUAUAUAGAAGGUGCCGGCUGAGAGUGGCUGUGAUGUGUUAUGAUAUGAAAGAUAAUUAAAAUUUGGUCAAAUUAACAGAAAUAUUAGUGAUUGCGAAGUGUUGCUUCUGGAAAGUUGCAUUGGGCGCCCAGUCGCCAUAAUGUCUACGGCACUUUUUGCUGUGAUAGCUGUUAUUUUGUGUAUAUUAUUUAGAUUUUUGAAUGUAUAUAGCACACCCCAAGUUCCAGCCAUUACAUGUCCGGAUAAAACCUUUUUGGAUACCGUUUUGAAAAUUUCCCCGCUUAUCCAAGAACCGUACAUUCCAACGCGAUUGUGGGGUUUUAGUGGUCACGUACAAACAAUAAUCCACAGUAUUAUUGGUCGGGUGAGAUGUCCAUGGCCGUUGGGCGAAAGGGUGUAUCUCACCCUUCGGGAUGGUACCACACUUACAUUCGACAUGUACCAGCCCUUAGAAAACAGUUUUGAAGAUGAUGUGACUAUUGCCAUUUGCCCCGGUAUCGGCAAUACAUCAGAGAGUGUCUACAUUCGGACAUUCGUCCACUGGGCCCAGUGCCAUGGCUAUAGAUGUUCGGUACUGAACCAUGUUGGAGCACUUCAAAGUGUUCCAGUUACUUCACCAAGAAUUUUCAGUUAUGGCCAUACACAUGAUUUUAAUGAGAUGGUUCAUCAAAUAUCCGAAAGGCAUCCGAACACUAAAAUAGUAUGCGUUGGAUUCAGUUUGGGUGGUAAUUUGGUCACUAAAUACCUUGGCGAACCUGACCGUAACAGACCUCCCCAUGUCGUUGGUGGAAUUUCAGUAUGCCAGGGUUACGACGCUUUGAAGGGUACGAAGCUGCUCCUUAACUGGCAAAACUUUAGACGUUUCUACCUGUACAUAAUGACCGAGAACAUGAAGAAUAUAAUUUUGAGACAUAGACACGUUCUAUUAUCGGAGGACGUGAAACGUCGUUUGAAGCUGAACGAGACGGACAUUUUGGCUGCAGCCACUCUCCCCGAAUUGGAUGAUGCUUACACGAAACGGGUUCAUAAUUUUAAGACAGUUAGCGAAUUGUACAGCUGGAGUUCCAGUCUCUAUUAUGUGCAAAAUAUAGAAGUCCCCAUGAUAUUUAUAAAUUCAAAAGACGAUCCAAUCGUUCAUGAAUGUCUCUGCGAACCGAUCAAAUCUAUUGCUAAAGAUAAAAAGAAUUUCCUCUUUAUGGAACUUGCACAUGGAGGUCACCUGGGUUUUUACGAAGGCGGUCUAAUUUAUCCGAAUCCAGUUACCUGGCUCGACAGGGCUCUGGUUGCCCUGGUUGGCAGCCUAAUAUUGCAACAUCAUGACUCGGCAAAGAAAAUGAGGGCGACCGAGUCAUUUUAGGCCUUUUCAUUCAUAACAGUAGAGUUUAAUCUCUCUUUUUUACCAUUCACAUUGUUUUUUUUUUUAAUUAAUUAUUUAACGCACAACAGGCCAACGAUAACCAAUUGCCGAUGUCGAUUGCUUUGGUGCUUAUUUUUUGUGACUUAAAAAAAAAGAUGUCGUCGAUGUUCUUUUAAACGUUUAUUUUCAGUGCAAUUUAUGGAAUAACUUUUUUCUAUUGAUCUAGUCAAUGAUUAACCUUUGAUGAUAAUGAUGAUAAGGGAACUAUCGUGUAGAUCUUAUAAAAAUGUCUUAUGAACAUACGUAUGUCGUUAAGUCGCAAUAUGUGACGCAACGCGACAAGUAAACGAAAAUGUGUUUAAAGAAAUUAUCUAUCAAUCGAACGAGCGUUUUCAGUGAUGAUUGAUGCCUUUAAGUUAUUGAUUUUGCGCUAUUCGACACGUUGCUAACUAUUAAUUAUAUAUUUAUUGUGGACCAAUGUUUUUCCUUUUUCUAUCUUUUGUAUGUACGUUUACUUUCGAUAAUUCGUUGUGUGAGUAAUGUACAAGAACAGAUUGUUCUGUUGUUGUUGUUUAUACUAGCAGCUUUAAAAUGUUAACUAAAAGCGUAUAUAAUAACGAAAAAUUUAUUGCUAACAAUAAACUCUCUAAAUGUA